AUGUCAAAUCCUCAAGACAAAAGAGUACAAGCCGGCGAGGUAGAAAAAGCUCAUGAUAUAUCUACUCUGACAAAUACAGAAUGGUCAAGACCAGAAUACACCCUUCCUACCCCCUCCCUACAAUUCCUCUUCCAUCUCGAAUGUGAUAUGGAGGAAUUCCAUCCCAUUGGUGAUGGAGGACAUGGCAACCGUGCUACUGUUAUUUUCAAAGGCGGCCGUUUCGAAGGUCCUCAUCUCCGGGGCACCAUUCUCCCCGGCGGCGGCGACUGGGAAACCAUUCAAAACACACCUUCUCAAUCUCUCCAAACAGCUCACCUUGAUACCCGCUAUAAUCUUUUAACUCAUGACAACCACUGCAUUUACCUGCGUACUACCGGUGUACGCACUGGUCCUCGAGAUGUUUUAGAGGCACUUGGGGAAGAAGAUAAACAUACUGCUCAUGACUACAAGAUGCGCUUAAAUCUCACAUUUGAAUGUGAUGAUGCGGGGAAGUAUGGGUGGUUAAAUCGGGUCGUGGGGAUUGCUAGUAGUGGGAGAAAUGGAGGGAGGGUAAUUUAUGAUGCUUUUGAGGUUUUGUAG